AUGCGGUCGCCAAACACCAUCCGCCCAGCCGAGUCAUGUGACCCGGAUUACAUCAGCGCCCAGACCAGCAGCGAAGCCAACGGGAGCCUCGUCAACUACACGGUUGAGCCCUACUCGUCGCGUACAUCGCCCGACACCCCGCGGUUGGAAGAACUGCAUCUCCGGGACCGGUCUGUGACGCCUGGGAAGUCGCGCAAGCGGCAAUUGCCCCAGGAGCCCGUUGCUGCUCCGCCCUUUCGUCCUCGCCCACAGCCCAAGGUCUUCACCCCAAACUAUGAUGAUGGAACCCACCGCGUCUUCGCCGGUGCCAAAAAGCAUACCGCCUACGACUUUGACUCGCCCGUGGCCUCGAUGUCGGUGCUGGAUAGUGAGGAGAUGCCCGUCAAUACCCUGACCCUGGAACCCGAAACACGCCAAAUCUCAGAAGAACAAUUGAUCAAUGAAGUCCGCACUAUCUAUGCUGGCCUGGUUCUGGUGGAGAAGAAAUGCGUGGAGAUUGACCGCCAACAAGCCAAUAACCCUGUUCCCCUGAACCAUGAACAAUGGCAAGCACUCAUAGCCCUGCAUAGGACCCUCCUCCAUGAACAUCACGAUUUCUUCCUUGCAUCCCAGCACCCCUCAGCAAGCCCUGCCCUUCAGAAACUGGCCAGUCGUUAUUCAAUGCCUGCCCGGAUGUGGCGGCAUGGAAUCCACUCAUUCCUGGAACUUUUGCGCCAUCGGCUCCCCGAGGCAUUAGAUCAUAUGCUGGCCUUUAUAUACACUGCAUAUUCCAUGAUGGCCCUGUUGCUUGAGAGCGUACCCAGCUUUGAAGACACCUGGAUUGAAUGCUUGGGGGAUUUGGCUCGGUACAGAAUGGCUGUGGAAGAGUCUGACCUCCGCGACAGGGAGGUGUGGGCUGGUGUGGCAAGAUAUUGGUACAACAAAGCUGCAGAUAAAUCUCCCCAGGUUGGGAGAAUUCAGCAUCAUCUUGCUGUUCUUGCCAGACCCAAUAUUCUUCAGCAGCUGUUCUUCUACUCCAAAUCCCUGGUUUGUGUUCAACCAUUCCCUAAUACUAAAGAAUCCAUUAUGCUGCUUUUCAACCCUCUUUUGGACCAAAAGGAAUUAGCCCUGGCUCACUAUUCCCCUACAAUGUUGCCCUUUGUGAAAGCUCAUGGAAUCCUUUUCACCAAACAGUCAAUACUCUCCUUCCUUGAGUAUGGACUUGAGUUCAUGUCAUACCUGGGAACCCAAGUUGGUCGCGUCGGAUCCAAAUGGAGAGAACAGGGAGUCUACAUUGCCUCUGCAAAUUUUGCCUCUCUUAUUGAGUAUGAUGCUAGCUCACGCCUCAGCAAACUGUUCCAGAAGGCCAUUGAAUCCCCUGGCCUGAAUGAGUCUCGACUGAAAAAUGAACAUUUUCCUAUGCCAGAAAGUGGCACCAAGCGCCAUCUACCUGAAGAUUUUUCCAUGCGUGGAUUGGUGUGGAGUCAAUUGUACUACCCAUCUGGUUUCUUUAACUACUCCCUCCUUGAAGAUGAGGAGGGAAGGUCUUUGGAACUUCCUAGUGUCACAGUGCCUCGGGUUGAACGAUGUCUUUGGCUGGGACAUCGCCUUGCAUCACUGGACCUCUGGAUUUCAUACAAUGAGAAGCAGAAGAAAUUUGUCGUCAAGGACCAUGGCAAGCAAAUAGAGGGCAAGGCUAAAAGGGUAACCCUCUUUGAUGAUGCAGCGCGCUUCUUUGAGGAAAGAGACUAUGUCAAGACGUCGUCAGAAGAUGAACAUGAUUUACAGAUGACAGACGCUGAGCCUGUACAGGCUGUUGAACCUGAUUUUCGAAGCCCCGACAAAACCUGA